AAAAAAAAAAAAAAACAAUGGCAGAAGGAACUAUUGGCGGUGUUUCCGGGCAAAUCCUGGCCAAACCACUUCACAUUCAGCGCCUCGAGGCUGCUCUGGAUAUGGGGCCCCUCAUGGCGUAUGCGCGGGAAGUUCUCUCGCGCCCCCUGACAAGUAGCGAUGAAAGUGAUGUGGAGUGCCAAGUUCCGGGAAGAAAGAUUCGCGGCGUUGUCUCAUCGAAGGAAGACCGGACGAAUGAUAAAAUUCGCGUGUACAACUUUGCAAAUGUCGGACCGGAGCGGAAGUGGCUGCAGGAUGUCCUGCUUAGCGAUACGGAGAGUGAGGCGGAGAUGGAUGAGGAGGAGCGUGUGCGGGAGAUGCUAAAGGAGCAUCUGAAGGAACGUCAGAUGCGCACAAAGUACUACAGGAAUGCCAAUAAUGCUCAAUUUGGGUACUACGGAGCUGGGUUGCUGUCCAACUGGGAUAUGUUCCCAGAGCAUCAGCGCUCUGUUAUUGGUUCCCGGAAGAAACGCGGGAAGGAUAAGAAGAGGAAGAAGCGUGGAAAGCUACCAAAGAUGCUGGAGAAGAAGCCACGGAAGAAGCGGGAUUCCAUGGAGGGAGAUCUUGAUGUGGGAGAGGUUGAUUGGGAUGAGCAAAUUGGCGGGAUGAAGGUGGAGAUUGAGGAUGAUUUUGAUUCCAAAUCUCACAGUUCGUUGAGUGCUGCAACACCGAAAAUGUCCGUGAGGGCACGGAAGAAGGCUGUGUUGAUGAAGACACCCGAGAUGAUGGCCCUGCGACGGCGGAAGGUGUGGCAGCAGAUGGCUAAGAAGGAGCUGGGAAAGGUUCAGAGGGCAAAGGUGAACAAUCACAAGGAAAUGCUGACAAAUUGCAAGCGAGUUGCCACGCUGUGCAUGAAGUUCUUCCGGCAGAAGGCAAUGCAGUCGCAGAAGAACAUGAAGGAGACCGUCUGGCGUGCCAAGAGGCUCACGCGAGAGAUGCAGGCUUACUGGAAGAGAUACGAUCGUGUGGAGCGAGAGACACGCCGGAGGAUGGAAAAGGAAGCUGAGGAGCAACGGAAGAUGGAUGUGGAGAUGAUUGAAGUGAAGCGACAGCAACGGAAGCUGAAUUUCCUCAUCACCCAGACUGAACUCUAUGCGCAUUUCAUGUCAAAGAAGAUUGGCUUUGCUUCGGAGGAGGAACAACGGAGGAUUCUCAAUCAACUGGAUGAGGAGAGUAAUCCUCGACUGGCGGCAAUUGAUGACUACAACAGUGAUGUGAUGAAGCAGCGUGCCCAUCAGAAUGCCAGCGAUGCAUUCAUGACAGAACGCGCCCGGACGCAGGAAUUCGAUGUGCACGCCAAUAGAUGCCCUCAACCGGGUCUGGAGGUGAUUGAGGAAGUUCCGCAGCCACAGAUGUUCAAGGGAGUCCUCAAGGGGUAUCAGAUUAAGGGCAUGACAUGGCUGGCAAAUCUCUACAAUCAGGGAAUCAGUGGGAUUCUCGCCGAUGAGAUGGGUCUGGGGAAAACCGUGCAGAGUAUUGCCUUUCUCUGCCACAUUGCUGAGCAGUACGGCGUCUGGGGACCCUUCCUGAUCAUCAGCCCUGCUUCGACGCUCCACAAUUGGCAGCAGGAGAUGCAGCGCUUUGUGCCGGGCUUCAAUGUUGUCCCCUACUGGGGUUCACCGCACGAAAGGAAGAUCCUUCGGCAAUUCUGGGAGCAGAAGGAUCUUCACACGAAAGAUGCCAGCUUCCACGUGGUUAUCACGAGUUACCAGCUCGUUGUGAGUGACUACAAGUACUUCAAUCGUAUCAAGUGGCAGUACAUGGUGUUGGAUGAGGCACAGGCCAUCAAGAGCUCAUCCUCCGUGCGCUGGAAGCUCCUUCUCGGCUUCAACUGUCGCAACCGGCUCCUCCUCAGUGGGACUCCCAUUCAGAACAGUAUGGCUGAACUCUGGGCCCUCCUGCACUUCAUCAUGCCCACCCUCUUUGAUUCCCACGAAGAAUUCAACGAGUGGUUCAGCAAGGACAUUGAAUCCCACGCAGAGAAUAAGACAGGAAUCGAUGAGAAGCAAAUCUCACGCCUUCACAUGAUUCUCAAACCCUUCAUGUUGCGACGCAUUAAGAAAGAUGUGGAGAAUGAGUUGUCUGAUAAGAUUGAAAUCAUGGUCUACUGCCCACUGACAACGCGUCAGAAAUUCCUCUACAUGGCGCUGAAGAAGAAGAUUCGCAUUGAGGAUCUUCUGCACUACACUGUGGGUGGGGGAGAUGGGCAUUCAGUGGAUAAGAACUUCACGUCGAGUCUCAUGAAUCUCGUCAUGCAAUUCCGGAAGGUGUGCAAUCAUCCGGAACUCUUUGAGCGUCGUGACGCAAAGAGCCCCUUUGCAAUGCGCUGCCUGGACUACCCACUGGCACGCCUCGUGUUCGACGAGGGCCUCCUGAGCAGGAGUUUCCCGAGUCAGAAGCACAUCCGGGAGAAUCGCUUCAACAUCUUCAAAGCGGAGGCGGUUCAACGAUCGCUUUUCCCGCACCACAAAACGGACAAUCUAGUCAACUACAGAGCCUGGACGGAUCUGGCAUUGGGCAGUGCAUUCUCAGUCACGCGUUUCAGCAGGAUGUCUCCCGAAGAGGUGGAGCAUCAUGGUGUUUCCGGGCUUAUUUAUCUAAUAAAAUACAUUGAGGGAAGAAUGAAGCUCCUUCAGUUGCUACGCCAUAGGAUUAUGUGGUGGGAUAGGACAUCCUUCCCACGGGAUUGUCUCCUCUUGCAGCCAAUGCUGGAGAAUUGUCUCAAUAGGAUUUUCAUCACAUUUGGCAGCUGCCUCCAGCAGCUCGUUUUCACGGGAAUAACAUCACGCGUGUACACGCACACAGAUCACGCGUACGUUGCCAUUCCGGAAUCCAUGGAGCACCGGAUUAUUCGGAGCAAGAAUCGACGAAGUGGGAAGUUUGAGGAGCUGAAGAUUGACGUGGAAGUUGGACAGGGUGGGAGUAUGAAGUCUCCAACAGCAGUGAGUCCCCUGAAGAGUCCGACACAUGUGAAAAUGCCCGCCAAAUCUCCCAUUUCACCCACUCCGAAGCCCAGUCAGGGCAGCGGAUUGGCUCUCCUGGCGGAAUUUCCGCACAAGCAGCACUCACUUGUUGUGCUUGAGUGUCGUCCCACGGAGAUGCCGGGAUUUGUUUAUGGGCUCCCGCCAAAGGUGCAAACUUCCGGAAGGAGUAUGUACUGCAAUAGUCGCGCUGCGAGAUGGGUAGAGAUCCGGCAUGAGCAGUGUGAGAAUGCAGAAGGGAAGCAGCUCAUGAGGAAUGGCUUGGAGGUGGCACGACCUCAUCUGGGAUGGUCGUACAUAACAAUUCCGGACAAGCAAACCCUCGUAUCGGAUGCAGGGAAGCUUUAUGUGUUGGAUGGACUCCUGACGCGUCUCAAGGCGCAAGGGCAUCGUGUUCUGAUCUACUCGCAAAUGACAAAGAUGAUUGAUUUGCUGGAGGAGUACAUGUGGCACAGGAAGCAUCGCUACAUGAGGCUCGAUGGAUCCAGCAAGAUCUCAGCCAGGAGGGACAUGGUGGCUGACUUUCAGUCACGUGCUGAUAUCUUCGUUUUCCUCCUUUCAACACGUGCUGGCGGAUUAGGAAUUAAUCUCACCGCAGCUGAUACGGUGAUCUUCUACGAUUCAGAUUGGAAUCCAACCGUGGAUCAGCAAGCAAUGGAUCGUGCCCAUCGUCUUGGGCAGACAAAGCAGGUCACGGUGUAUCGGCUCAUCUGCAAGGGGACCAUCGAAGAGAGAAUUUUGCAGAGGGCUCGCGAAAAAAGUGAAAUUCAACGGAUGGUCAUAAGUGGAGGCAAUUUCAAGCCAGACACGCUGAAACCAAAGGAAGUUGUAUCUCUCCUACUUGACGAUGAGGAAAUUGAGCUGAAGUAUCGCCAAAAGACAGAAGAGAGGAAGAACCUGGAGGAAUCAUCAAGAGCUGAGAAGGAUCGCGAUAGAAAGAGAAAAUUACCUCCAUCGAAUAAGGGAAGUCAGGAUGGAGCAGCAAAGAGAACACGCGACGGUGGAAAUGGAAGCAACCAAGGAGCCCUCCUGGAGGGCGAUGAAACCGCCUUUUUGGAAUCGGGAGCCCCAAGUCCAGUGGCUAGCGAGAUGAGUCACAGCAGCGGAAAAAUCGUCCCGGAUUCCAUUCAAGCCGAUGACUCCAGCAAUGAGGCUCUCGUGGUGGAUUGCGACAGUCCAGGUGGAUCCACGGCACCAGCAUCCCUGAAUAUCCACAAAUCCCGAAGGCGCCACAAUCCACGGGGAACAAAGAGAGGCCGUCCCCGUGGCUCUCGUCGUGGUGGCGGAACCGGCAGCACAGGGCGCUUGGAUGCUCAUCUAACAUCCCCCGGAGACUUUCAAGCAGUGCCAUCGACAAGUGGUGGAGAUUUAGCAGCUCAACCGCCGGCGCCAAUUGUACGCCGUGGUCCGGGAAGGCCACGCCUGAAGAUGGCUGGUCCACGGAAUCAGGGCUACAGAGGCAAACCAAGACCCAGAAAGCCAAUUGGGCCACUUGUGGUGCCUCUUGGACAGAGUCCUGGACCCACACCACCCGGAAGGAGUCCUGCCCUAAGUCCAGCACCGAGUCCAGCACCUGAGAGGUCUCAUGGCUUCUAUCAGCCCAUGAAUGACAACGUCUAGACUGGAUGUUCUCACCCUUUAGUCUUUUCCUCUUCAUCUUUUUCGGGAGGGGAUUUAAAAGAAAAAAAAAUAAAGAAUUUUCUGUAUGUGCAUUUGCUUAAUGGAAGGAAUAAAAAGCUGUGCAAGGUAA